AUGGCAUCGGAAAUCCUAAUCAAAAUACUUCGUGCCAUUCCACGUUUCACGUUCGAUUUUCAUCCUGCACCAAAAAUAUUUACGCUACAAUUUGACAGCUAUUAUGUGCAGUCAUUAUUUGUUAUCGCUGGUGUAAUACUUUUCAUUGGUGCGGCAUUAUUGUUGACAAUUACCAUAACAUGGAUUUGUCAAUGUUGUAUCAGACAAGACACCAAUGUAAAAUCCAGGCGACGAGUUCGUCAGCUUUCACUCCUAUUAUUUAUCAUUAGCAUUAUAUGCUUCUUUUGUCUUGGAAUAUGCUUAUUUGGUAAUGAACAUUUGAAUCGUAGCAUAAUGAGUUCAAUUACCAGUGCUGAAGAUAUAUCACGGAAUUUGGUAUUUGCUGAUUCGCAGUCAGUUUUAUUAAAUGACUAUUGUUUGAAAACCAUUAAACAAAUCGAUGCAUUAUCAGCAGCUGCGGAAAGUGUAGCAGAAAAAACGACAGAUUUAAACAAAACGGCUUUACAUGAAUUUAUAACAAUAUUGGAUUCUGUGUCGCAAAAAGUUGAUUUAUUGGGCAUAGAUUUAACUUUUCUCAGGAAAGUAUUAUCAGGGAAUGUAUUUUUUGAGCGUAGUUCACUCUAUACGCAACGAAUUGAGCUAGAAAGAUGGGUUCUAUGUGCAACUUUACUUUCAAUUAUGCUGAUCGUACUUUUUGCUGGUGUCAUUGCAUUUUGUCGUCAAUCGAGAAAAGGCGCAGUGGUAUUUUCUGGUCUUGGCUUUGCAAUUUUUAUUGUUGGAUGGUUAUUGCUAGCUGCCAUAUUUCCAGCUUCUAUGGCAUUCGUAGAUUUUUGCGCAGAUGGUACUCAAUUCAUCCGGGAAUAUAUGUCAGAUGAAGCUAUGGCACUGUUUGAAUUUUAUCGAGAAUGUAAUCCAACAAUGAGUCAUGAUAAUUUGCCAAGUGUAAUUCAUAUGGAUAAAAUUGGUGCGCAACUUUCGGAUAUACAAGAAAUGAGCCAAAAAUUUGAUACCCGAAUUGAAGCUCUAUUCAAUGCUAGUAGUAGAGAAACAGUUGAGCUCUUCGAACAGGUUAAGAUAAUUAAUGAUGGCAUAACAGUUGCAUUAAAAAGUAUAGGUGCUCUUGAAACAACCGUUUCAUGUUACACUUAUCACAAUGACAUAUUAACCAUGGAACGCAGUUUUUGCAUCGAUGGAAUCAUUGGAUCAUCCAUUAUGUUGUAUUGUUUAAUAUUACUUGAAGCAUUCUUAUUCACACUUUUACUUAUCGUAUCCAAAAGUUGGCACUUAUUUGCUCGAUUACCAUCAGAUUACGUAGAAGUAGACGAGGAGGAUCCGUUUUUUCCACGAGGAAAUGACAGUACAAUUCCAGUAGACAUUUAUGGCAGUCACGUUUUGAAUCCACGAACACGUUUCGCUAACUCUUUAGACCGUACGGAGCAAUCUACCGGAACAACAAGUGCAACAUGCGGUCUUACAAAUGGUUCCAUAAUAAAUAAUCAUACAUCUGCUUCAACAGCAUUACUGAAUUCGAACGCUGAAUCAUCAACACCACCGUGGCAUCGCGGAUUAACUUCACAAUCAUCCGCCGCUAAUGCUCCGCCUGCGGUAGGAACGAGCAGUAUGAUGCAUACGGCAUAUCAAACAAACACCGAUGAAGCAACAUACCAACGUCGUAACUAUCAUGAGCAAUUUGAUGUUUAG